GCUCUGAUCACUCUUCCAUAAUAUAGCCAAACUGCCGAAAGUCAGCUCGCUCUUCCAUUCUCCCAGAACACAACUCUUCGUACUCGUGGUCGACGGUCUACAGAGAUGAAGUUCGUUGUUACGCUAGUGUUUCUCCAAGCUGCCAUGGCUGCCUUGCUGCCACCCCACGGAGUUUCGGCAGCUGGCGAGUGCGGCAAGGUGAAGUGCGGCGAGGGGACGUGCAACGAGUCCAGCGACUACGUGUUCGGGUUCGCGUGCCAUUGCAACCCCGGGUGGAGCCGGAUCCACCUCGGCGACGUGCAGUUCCCCUUCCUCCCCUGCGUCAUCCCGAACUGCACCAUCAACUACUCGUGCCAGAACGGGUCGUCCCCGCCGCCGGCUUCAUCACCGCCACCGCCCCCGGCAGCGCCGCCGCUGACGAACCUCUCAAUCUUCGACCCGUGCCUGAUGCAGUACUGCGGCGACGGCGGCGCCUGCGAAAAGGUGUCGGGCUUCACCCACCGGUGCAGCUGCCGCGGCGGCUUCACCAACCUCUUCAACGACACCUCCUACCCCUGCUACCAGCAGUGCUCGCUGGGGUUGGACUGCAAGGGACUAGGGAUCGACGUGAUCAACGGGUCGACGUUGAGCUCGUCGCCGCCGACGCCGGUCUCGUUCACCGUCAAGAAGUCCAGCGCCGGAGCUCCCGCCGCGUCAGCUGACAGGCUGCUCGAGCUGCUCGUGCUGGUCUCCUUCUGGGUCCAGGCGAUAUGGUGAGCAAGCUGAUACGACAGGGACAAAUCAAGCACAGCAAAACUGAUCACCAGAAACAUUCCAAUCCAUGAUUUCUAUUCUUCUCCCCUUUUGAUACAGCUUUUUUGUUAGGAAUAUUUCAUACAUGAUCAGGGUACCAUACAGACAUAGUCCCAUACAUGAUCAGGGUACCAUACAGACUUAUACUAAAGUUAAACA